CCCCCCCCGACGGUAUUACAGACUACAGUGGCUUGAAAUUACACUUUGCUUGGUUUUGUCACGGUCCAGCCAUGAGUAAUAUACUACAUAUGUCAACGUUUGCGUGCUAAUUUAUCAGCUAUAGAGUGAAAACUUUGUGCAAGAUAAAGUUUUCUAGAAAUCUAUUUAGAUUGCUGUCAAAUGUCAAACUAGCGUUCUACACGGAGUUAUCUCGCACCCAGAAUGAAUCGGAACAAGAACCAGACACGAAGGAGACGAAAUUAAUGGGGAAGCACGCGGACUGCAACGUUAAUGUUUUUAACUUCUGCAACAGUCAUAACUGUCUUUCGGAAAAAAAUACUACCCGGUAGCUACAACAUUCAGAACGAACAACGUCCAGGUGGAUGUAUCUGCUGAGCCACACAUGGACAUGGAGUGUCCAGUAUGUCCCUCGUCCAAUCAGAAUGGCUGUGUCCUAGACCCACUUCAUGUCUCCGAGCCCAAACAGGUAGUAGCCCCUCCCUGUCUGACGAUACACCUGUACCACCUGGGCAGGGGCGGGACCAAUAGCCCAGACCUCACCUAUCCUUCAGGGAACUAUGUGGCUGAGGAGCUGUGCAUCGAUGCGGCCAUGGCAUGCGGCCUGUCACCAAUGUACUGCAGCCUAUUUGGCCUGAUGAGGGAGAGCGACCGCAUGUGGUUCCCACCCAAUCACAUCCUCAAACUGGACGAAUCAGCAAAUGAGAUGCUCCUCUUCAGAGUGAGGUACUACUUCCCUGGCUGGUAUAACAACCGAGCCUCCUGUGCCCACCGCUAUGGGGUCAACAAGGGGCUGGAGAGCCCCGUCUUAGACGACACCGUCAUGUCCUACCUCUUUGCUCAGUGGCGUAGUGACUUUGUGGAUGGCUGGGUCAGUAUCCCAGUAAACCAUGAGGCCCAGGAGGAGUGUCUUGGCAUGGCUGUGUUGGAUAUGAUGAGGAUGGCUAAGGAGAGCAGCCAGGCUCCUGUGGACAUCUUCAACGACACCAGCUAUAAGUCAUUCCUGCCCAAGGACAUACGUGCCCGUAUCCAGGAGUACCACUUUGUGACCCGGAAGAGGAUCCGCCAUCGCUUCAAGAAGUUCAUCCAGCAGUUCUGCCAGUGUAAUGCCACCGCUCGCGAUCUCAAGCUCAAAUACCUGGCAAAUCUGGAGAUGCUGCAGCCAGCCCUCUACUCCGAGUGCUUCCGGGUCACAGAGCCCUCGGCUGGAGAGGUCACCAUCGUCGUCACGGGUAACAAUGGAAUUCAGUGGUCCCAGGGGAAGGAUAUGGAGAUAGAAAAGGGUUUCCAGACGUACUGUGAUUUCCCCGAGGUUAUAGACAUCAGCAUUAAGCAGGCCAACAAGGGCGGUGCUAUCGAGAGUCGUAUCGUCACCAUCAACAGACAGGACCAUCAGACUCUGGAGCUGGAGUUCCGUUCCCUGUCGGAGGCUCUGUCCUUUGUGUCCUUGGUGGAUGGCUACUACCGGCUCAUAGCAGACUCCCACCACUACCUGUGUAAAGAGACGGCGCCCCCUAAGCUGCUGGAGGCCAUUCAGAGCUACUGUCACGGCCCGGUUUCGAUGGAGUUUGCGACCAGUAAGCUGCGACGGUCUGGGAAUCAUAAGGGUCUGUACAUCCUCCGCAGCAGCCCUAAGGACUACAACAAAUACUUCCUGACCUUUGUAGUGGGGCAGAGUGACAGCCUGGUGGAGUUUAAGCACUGCCAGAUAGUGAAGACAGACCAGGGAGAGUACGUCCUCUCUGGGGCUAAGAAGAGCUUCAGCUCUCUAAGGGAGCUGCUCCACUGCUACCAGAAGGAGGCGCUGCGCUCUGACGGAUACAUCUUCAAGUUCACCAAGUGCUGCCCGCCAAAGGCUAAAGACAAGUCUAACCUGUUGGUCUGCAGGGGUAACCAGGGUGCUGAGGUACCGCUCUCCCCCUCCCUCCACAGACACAUUAGCCAGAUGGUGUUCCACAAGAUACGCAAAGAGGACCUUGUCAUCAAAGAAAGUCUGGGUCAGGGAACGUUCACUAAGAUCUUCUGUGGCGUGAGGAAGGAGCUUGGGGACUAUGGAGAGAUUCACCAGAUGGACGUCAUUGUCAAGAUCCUGGACAAGGCCCAUCGCAACUACUCCGAGUCGUUCUUUGAAGCCGCCAGUAUGAUGAGCCAGCUGUCCCAUAAGCACAUGCUCCUCAACUAUGGCGUGUGUGUCUGCGGGGAGGAAAACAUGAUGGUGCAGGAGUAUGUGAAGCUUGGCUCCCUGGAUACAUACCUGAAGAAGAAUAAGAGCUCUGUGAACAUCACCUGGAAGCUAGAGGUGGCCAAGCAGCUAGCCUGGGCUAUGCAUUACCUGGAGGAUAAGAACCUGAUCCAUGGAAACGUGUGUGCCAAGAACGUCCUGUUGAUCCGAGAGGAGGACAAGAAGACUGGGAACCCUCCCUUCAUCAAACUGAGUGACCCUGGAAUCAGCAUCACUGUCCUGCCCAAAGAUGUCUUGGUGGAGCGUAUCCCCUGGGUGCCUCCAGAGUGUAUAGAGGUGCCUAGACACCUUACUCUGGCCACGGAUAAGUGGGCCUUCGGCACAACCCUGUGGGAGAUCUGUAGUGGAGGAGACAAACCACUCAGCACACUGGACUGCUCCAAGAAAUGCCUGUUCUAUGAGGACCGCCACCAGCUGCCUGCUCCGAAGUGGACAGAGCUGGCCAAUCUCAUCAACAGCUGUAUGGACUAUGAGCCCUCCAACAGACCUUCCUUCAGAGCUGUCAUCAGAGACCUCAACAGCCUCUUCACUCCUGACUAUGAGUUGCUGGUGGAGAGUGACAUGGUGCCCAGCAGGACCAGAGGGUUUGGGUUCCCAGGGACUUUUGAGAACCAGGAGCCCGCUCUGUUUGAAGAGAGACAUCUCAUCUUCCUCAAGCAGCUGGGGAAGGGUAACUUUGGCAGUGUGGAGAUGUGUAGGUACGAUCCUCUGCUCGACAACACAGGGGAGGUGGUGGCAGUCAAGAAGCUGCAGCACAGCACAGCCGAACACCUCAGAGACUUUGAACGGGAGAUCGAGAUCCUCAAGUCCCUCCAGCAUGAUAACAUCGUCAAGUACAAGGGAGUGUGCUACAGCGCUGGUCGGAGGAACCUGCAUCUGAUCAUGGAGUACCUCCCCUACGGCAGUCUGAGAGACUACCUCGUCAAGAACAAGGAUCGCUUCGACUACAAGAAACUCCUGCUCUACGCCUCACAGAUCUGCAAGGGCAUGGACUACCUGGCGACCAAGCGCUACAUCCACAGAGACCUGGCCACCCGUAACAUCUUGGUAGAGAGUGAGCUGAGGGUGAAGAUAGGAGACUUUGGGCUCACCAAGGUCCUGCCUCAGGACAAGGACUACUACACCGUCAGAGAGCCGGGAGAGAGCCCCAUCUUCUGGUAUGCCCCCGAGUCGCUGACUGAGAGCAAGUUUUCAGUGGGCUCUGACGUGUGGAGCUUUGGAGUGGUCCUGUACGAGCUGUACACCCACAGCGACAAGGACUGCAGUCCUCCAGCCGUGUUCAUGGAUAAGAUGGGCCGUGACAAGCAGGGUCAGAUGAUAGUGUACCACCUCAUUGAUCUCCUGAAGAGAGGAUACAGACUCCCUGCUCCCCAGGGCUGUCCUGAGGAGAUCCACAACAUGAUGACAGAGUGCUGGAAUGGUGACCCAGGUCUGCGGCCCACCUUCAAGAAGUUAGCCCAGAGUGUGGACACGUUCCGGGACAGUGAAGAGGGCUGAGGAACCCUUCCUGGAGGGCUCUACUGGAGGUGACCUGGCCCAGCCCACAUGAUCACCUUGUCCAGUAAAGAAACGCUCAUUUUCCAUUGUAAAACGUUUUGCUACGGUGUGCCCUAAUCAAUACAACCCUGACGACGCCUUAACUCUCAAAGACUACGACAAUGGAGUCACUUGAGCCAACAGUCUUCUGGAGCAGAUAGGAGGAGCAAACGGGGAGGAUUACCAAUGGCAUUCUGGGAGAAAUCACAAAAAGACAAUAUUGAAGUCUGCCUUUGUGUGCGAACCUAGCCCCUUUUUUCCACUGAUUUGGGGAAGGGAAAUGACCACAUGCUGUUCCUUUGCUGUUGUGUUUUCACUGUGCCUAUUAUGACUUAUUUUGGGCUCUGGCCUCAGACUCCAGCACAGGCAGAACACACUCAGCUGUUGUAUAUGCUGAUGCUAAUGGCAGCACAGAAACACGUCAAGGAUAGCAAUACGGAAGACGUACAUUUAGUAAAGACGUUAAGACUGUUCCAUCUGCCUGCCUCCCUCAACUCAAGUGGAUUAUGUCAAACCACUUUUCUCUUUGUCACGGUAAUCCACAUUGCGUUAAUGUGCCAUCAUCUGACCUGCUGACCUCCCAUUGGAAUAUGGAUAUGCACUUCUGCCGGAUCAGUAGUACGUAUAAGAACAUGGACGAGACUGUUUUGUCUGUCAGUAUAUUUAGGUUGUCUGUCUGUCUUUUUUUCUUUUAGGUUGUCAUAGAUGAUGUCAAUGUCAAAACUUUGAAGGUUAAAGUGUUUUGAGUGAACAUAUUUGUUAUUUUUCAUUAAAAAAAUAUUUAAAAAGUGAUAAUCUAUGAUCAUGGCGAGGAAAGGGUUUUAACAUGUAUUUAUAUCAUUGUUUUAUACAAGCCAGUGUUUACCUGUUUGUGAGUUGAACGUAAGUGUGCUGGUGUUGCAUUUGAGUUAUAAUGCUUAGGCUAAACUGAUUGUAAAAUAUCAGCUAUUUUAUAUCAAAGCAGUCGUACAGUAUUAAAGGGUAUGUUAUUGCAAAACUGGUCAGAAAUGGA